AUGCUUAUUACUGAAUUUCGAAUUAUUUUACCAAUGACGGUUGAAGAAUAUCAAGUUGCACAAUUAUAUGCAACAGUUCAAGUAUCUAAACAAAAUACCGGUGGUGGUGAAGGUGUAGAAAUUCUUGCUAAUCAACCAUUCGAGAAACCAAUGUCAGAAGCAUUUCUUGGCAAAUAUAAUACUGGUCAAUAUACAAAUAAAAUUUAUCAUCUUGGUUCACGUGUACCAAGUUGGGUUCGUUAUUUAUUUUCUGAUUCAACUUUAUCAAUGCAUGAAGAAGCAUGGAAUGCUUAUCCAUAUUGUAAAACAGUUCUUAAAAAUUCAUAUAUGAAAGAGAAUAUGCUUAUUGAUAUAUCAACAUUACAUUUACCUGAUCGUGGUGAUUCUGAAAAUGUCCAUCAAUUAACCGGUGAUGAUCUUAAGAAACGUCAUGUUGUUUAUAUAAAUAUUGCUGACAAAGUAAGCCGAGCAGAUUAUAAACAUGAAGAUGAUCCUGAAAAAUUUAAAUCAACUAAAACUGGUCGUGGUCCAUUAUUAUCAAGUGAACCAUGGUAUGAAACUUGUGAACCACAUAUGUGUUGUUAUAAAUUAGUUCGUGAAAAAUUUAAAUGGUUUGGUCUUCAAACACGUGUUGAAAAUUUAAUUAUGAGUCAAGAAGAACGUUUAUUUCGUAAUUUUCAUCGACAAUUAUUUUGUUGGACAGAUCAAUGGUAUGGUUUAACAAUGCAAGAUAUUCGAGCACUUGAAGCAAAGACUGCUAAAGAACUUGAUCACGAAAGAAUAGCUGGUGAAAAAAAAGGUUUUACAACUGAAGAAUAA